AUGACUAAAAUGAUUCCGCCGGUACCCACCUCAGCCGUCAUGUUGCCCACGCCCAAGCAGAAGAUCGGCUUCAGCAUCGACUCGAUUGUUGGCAACGAUGCGACGGUGACUGCCGCUGGAGGCAAUCCGGAGCAGCAGCCCGGCAGCCCUCAGCCGGACCGCAACGGACCCGGCAGUCCGCCUCAGACGCCGCCCGCUGCACUCACCAUGCUGCCUGCCACGCCCACACCACCACAUCAUCUGAUGGCACCGCCAACACAUCAUGCCAACCACGUGCUGCCACCGCACAUGGCACCGCAUCCACACGCGCAUCCCCAUCCACAUCUAUCGCCAGCCCAACAGCACGCACUGCAUCAGCAUCUGUUGCUCCACCAACAGCAGCAGGGCACACCAAAGUCCCAUCAUGAUAUACAGGAGCUGCUGCAGCGUCUGCAUCACAAUGCCGCCAUGGCCAACGGCCUCAGUCCUCUACAGACACGCCUCUCCCCGCUGGGGGAUGUCACGUCCACGCCAGUUGCUGUUUCUCUGAAGCGCGAGCGUUCGCCAGCUCCACCUGGCUCGGAGCAGGCAGAGAAUCCAGCCCAGCGCAUUCAGCCGCCACACACGCCGCCCAAGUCAGUCUCGCCGCAAUCCUCGCAGCCCUCCUGCUCGCCCACCUUGCUGGUCAGCAGUCCGCACAAUACACCACCUCAGCAGCAGCAGCAGCAACAGCAACAGCAGCCGCCUAGCUACCCGAAGCCACCUGUAAUGCAUCCAGCUGGCGGCCCUGGUCCCAACCCGCUCAUGAUGCCAGGCAUGCCGCCCGCCGGCUUGGUGCGACCCUUUCCGAUGGGCCCAGGCGGUCCAGCGCCGCCGCAAGGACAGCCGGGCAUGCCGGACAUUAAGGCGCUGCCACCGUACAUCAACACGCCGCCGGAGCUGGCACCACAGCACAAUCCGCAUCUGAUUGCCGCCGCCCAGUUCCAGAUGGCCGCAGCUCUGCAAGCCGGCCAUGUGCUGGGUCCAGCGGCAGCCGCCGCCGCAGCGGCUGGCCUGCCCCCACACGCCGCCGCCUCCUUUAUGGGCAGCCCGGGCAUGCCGCGCGACAGCUACCCGCUCUACCCGUGGCUGCUCAGUCGCCACGGACGCAUAUUUCCGCACCGCUUUCCAGGAAAUUUCCUCUUGCAACCUUUUCGCAAGCCGAAACGCAUUCGCACCGCCUUCUCGCCGUCGCAGCUGCUGAAGCUGGAGCACGCCUUCGAGAGCAAUCAGUAUGUGGUCGGCGCGGAGCGAAAGGCGCUCGCGCAGUCGCUCAAUCUCUCGGAGACGCAGGUGAAAGUGUGGUUCCAGAAUCGUCGCACCAAGCACAAGCGUAUGCAGCAGGAGGACGAGAAGGGCGGCGGCUCCGGCUCCGAGCGUAACAUGCACAACGGCAGCGGCGACGAGGACGACGACGAGCUCAUCGACAUGGAAAUGGACGACUGUGCCAGCGAUGAUGAGCAUGAUCUAGAUGCGAGUCAUUAGGCUGAACAGCCGACCAGCUGCCCCGCCCUGCGUAUGUGAGUUCCUUACUAAAGAAGCGCCCAAAUUUGCUGAGCGUUGUGCGUGUGUGUGUGUGUGUCUGUGUGUAUGAGUGUGUGCGUGUGAGAGCUCUUAAAAUUAAUUAUUUGUGAUAUAUUCUUAAAGUGGAAAGCGCUAGGCUUAGUGUAUAUAGAAGCGACUCUCAUCUAUCCAAUGACAGAAAGAAAAAACAACACUUCCUACAAAAGUAUUAAGUACGAGACGAAAUGCGUUCACUGGCCACGCCCCCAAAAAAAAACAGUGCCAAAUCAAAGGCGGGCGGGCAGGUGAGUUGCGCCCUUCGCCCUUCGAGUUGAGUUGAGCUCACAAUUAGAAAACAGAAAAGAGAAAGAGAAUGAGCGAGAGAGAGAGAAACAAUUGUACAAAUUUUA